UGUAGUCUUUAAUCGUCCUGUACUCACUUGGAAGGGCAUCAUUUAUGAGGAAUUGGCAUAUUUCCUUUAUAAUCCCAUGCCUUGCUUCCUCGUCUAAAUCGUCUUAUCUUCCUCUGGACUCCGGAGGAGUCUAGAUUCUAAAGUCUACACUCUUAACCAUCAGAGGCGAAGUGGAGGGGAAAAGGAGUCGAGAAAGGCAAAAUGAGCUUCGAAACCAAACCCAUUCCGAUUCCGCUUCUCCUCCUGCUCGUCAUCCUCUUCAUGUCCUCUCUGAAUCCCGUCCUCAGUAUCCCUUCCGUUCCAUCAAAUUCAAGCUCAGUUCCGACUCCGACUCCAUGGCCGCUCCAAUUCCACUCCAUCCUCUUAAUGAACUACAGCGGCUCACUCCAAAUCAUAGACCUCUGGUACGACUGGCCCAAGGGACGCAAUUUCAAUAUCAUCCAGAACCAGCUAGGCAAGCUCCUCUACGAUCUCGAGUGGAAUAACGGCACCUCCUUCUUCUACACCCUUGACUCCUCCAGAGAGUGCCGCACUGCCCACCUCGAGGUGGGCAUCCUUCGCCCAAAUUGGCUCCAAGAUGCCAAUUACCUUGGUCAGCAAUACGUUGAUGGCUUCCUUUGCAACGUUUGGGAGAAGGUUGACUUCAUUUGGUACUACGAGGAUGUCGCCACCAAGCGUCCCGUCCAUUGGGCCUUCUACACAGGAAGAAAUGCUCAUGUGAUGACGUUCGAGGUGGGCGCAGUGCUCGAGGACUCCAAAUGGCAAGCUCCCGUUUACUGUUUCGACAAGAGUGGGCAAGAUAAUCUCACCCCAGAAUUCCAAUCAGUUGCCGCUGCUCGUUCGAAUUUCAUUUCCGCGGAAGGGGUCUUGAGAGGUUCAAUGUAGCUGCUGCUGCUGCUUCUUCUUGCCCUCCACCCGACCCCCCAUCUCACUGCGUUUAUCUGAGUAAAUUCUGUAAUGGGGAUGGGGAAGCCAAUCUUAUGGUUUCUUUCUCCAACUCUCUCUUGUACCAUAAGAAAUAGACCUAUGUAAACUCGUUCUCUGUUCUUGUUUUACCAAUAAAGUGCCUUUGUGCAUUUGUUUUCA